CAAAAAGUGAUCACAUGACCCUGGGAGACUGCAAUGGUCAUAAAUACAUCCAAAUUUUGAUCACGUGACCAUAAGGUUCCGGCAAUGAUCAUAAGUAUAAAAAACGGAGAAAAAUCUAUCAUUCUGGUCACUGCCUUUCAGUUGUUAAAUCAGGUGGAGUUCAGCAAAGCUUCUAGGACGUCAGAAGAAAAUUGAACCUUUAGAUUCCAGCCAUGCAGCUUUAUGGUGUGAAGCUGGGUUUGCUUCUGUUUUUUGCUGGCAGCUUGAGAUCAGGAUGGACCAUUCCAUUAGAAAAUCUUGAGAAAAUCCCCCUGGAUUUCUCCUAUGACAACACCAUGCUUCUCACCACCCUCCUGGGCACCAAUUUUAUUAUUAAUAUUCCAAAAUGUGUCUCUUCCUCCAAGUUUACAUCAGCCACAGUCAGAAUAGCAGUGGCUCAACUUCCGGAUGCAUCCACUUUACCAGGUGUAACAGAUACUGAACAGAUUGAAAAUAUCCGCAGGACUCCUCAGGCCCAGGUGUAUUUUGCGGAUGAAUUCAAGAGCACCUCCUGCAGGAUGACCAGGGACCUUCUAGUUCUUGACCUGGAUGAUAGCCAGUAUGAGUUGAUCACUGUGAUUGGCUACCAGGUGGGAACCGAACUAUGCCGUCAAACCAAAGACUUCAACUUUCCUCUCUUAAGGAAGACCCUGAUUUAUGACCUGUCAUUUAACAACCAUUCAAAGUUAUGGGUGAACUACUUUUUUUUGGAUGAGAAAUCUGUGAUAAGAGCACAUACAGAUUGGUCAACAGCCAUUCAGACCAGAAAUGUGACCAACUAUGAAUCAGCUGAUAUAAUGUUUGAAGGACGUGCAGGAGGCAUGAUCGUAAUUACUAUUUUGGUCUCCGUGGGUGGAGCUGUCCUUCUAAUUGCCUUAAUUGUAGCAGCUGUACUUUCUAAUAAGAAGUAGACCGUUGGUUUCAUCUGGAUUGAAAACGAUUGU